GGUGCUGAGUGCCGCGGGGCUGAGGGUCACAGGCGCCCCGCAGCCCCCCAACAUCCUGCUCCUGCUCAUGGACGACGUCACCAGGGAGUACUGAGUAGAGUUCCCUGUGCUAUGUUCUCAUUAGUUAUGCCCAGAAGUCUUGAAGUUCCCACCGAGUAAAGGAAAGGCCGAGGCCAGGAAGAGGACCGUGGGCCCGGGUCCCCGGCUGCCUUGGCAGCGCGGGUGGGCGAUCACGUGGGAGAGGGGAGACAUCCUUCACACUCUGUGGGAGACCCUGCCCAGGGUGCCGUGGAGGAUGGUCUCAUCGAACCCGUGAUAGCCGUGCAAGGUAUUUCUUUCGCGCUUUAUGAUGAAAGUUGUCAAACACCCCGUGCAGCGGGAGGGGCGUCGCAGUGCACACCUGUCGCCCACCUGGACUCUGCCUGCUCCGUCUCACGUCUGUCCAUCGUCCGCCCCUGUGCGCGUGCUAACCCGCCUCACCACCUGGCUGGUUUUAUUUUGGCUCAACGCACGUAACACGAAUUCACCCUUUUAACAUUUUAAAGCGUGCAGUUCGGUGGUGUUUAGCACAUUCACCGGCUUGUGCAGCGCCCCCGUCCAGUAGCUGAGAACAUCCCACCCCUCGAAGAGAAACCCCUUUCUCACUGGCAGUCACUCUCCUCCCCCUCCCCCAGCUCCCGGCAACCACCCAUCUGCCUUGUCCCCGGGGACUUGCCUGUUCUGGACGUUUCACAUCCAUCGUACGCCCCGCGGCCUUUUCUGACCGGCUUCUCAGCAGCCUGUUUUCGCGAGUGUCAGCACCUCGUUCCUCUUCACGGCCGAGUACUGGUCCGUAGUGCGUGUAUCAGGUCCCUCGUGCCUAACAGAUGAUCACAGACUUGGUGCCUUGGAAUAGGAAUCUAUUCCCUCCAGUCGUGGAGGCCAGAGUCUGAAAUCAAGGGGUCGCAGGGCCAGUCUCUCCGGAGGCCCCGAGGGAGGGUCCUCCCUCCCCUCCAUCUCCUGGGGGCUCCUGUGCUCCUUGGCUUGUGGCCGCAACCCUCCAGUCUCUGCCUCCGUGGUGGAGGCCUGGCCUCUCCUCGUGUGUCUGUCUUGUCUCUGUGUCCCCUCUUCUCACACGGACCCCAGUCACUGGAUUUAGGGCUACCCUAGUCCAGUGUGAUCUCAUCUCGGCUAAUUACAUCCGUGUUUCCGAAUAUGGUUACGUUCUCCGGUUCUGAGUGGACAUAAACUGGGGAGGCUGCUGUUCACCCCGGUCCUGGAUGGAUAGACCACACUCUGUCUACUGUUGAUCAGCGAUGGACACAGGCUGUUUCUUCUGAGCAGUCGGGAGUCCUGCUGCUGUGGACAUUCGUGCGGCGCCUGGGUGCCGGCGGCCCAGUUCUCGGGGCAGCGAGCUCGGGAGGAACCGCGGGUCUCGGGGCCUCGCCGGGUUAGCUUCACGAGGCCUGGCCGCUGUUUUUAAAUGUGAAUUCACACCGCAGAGUAGGACGGCCUCCUCGUCUGUGCGGAAGGCAGAGAUGGGGUGGGGCGACCUCGGGGUGUACGGAGAACCUUCCAGAGAGACCCCGAAUUUGGACCGGAUGGCUGCGGAAGGGAUGCUCUUCCCGGACUUCUACGCGGCCAACCCCCUGUGCUCCCCUUCCAGGGCGGCUCUGCUUACCGGACGCCUGCCCAUCCGCAGUGGCUUCUACACCACCAACGGGCACGCCAGGAACGCCUACACGCCACAGGAGAUAGUGGGCGGCAUCCCGGACUCGGAGCUCCUGCUGCCGGAGCUGCUGAAGGAGGCCGGCUACACCAGCAAGAUCGUGGGCAAGUGGCAUCUGGGCCACAGGCCUCAGUUCCACCCCCUGAAGCACGGAUUCGAUGAGUGGUUUGGAUCCCCCAACUGUCACUUUGGACCUUACGACAACAAGGCCAGGCCCAACAUCCCUGUGUACCGGGACCGGGAGAUGGUUGGCAGAUUUUAUGAGGAAUUUCCAAUUAACCUGAAGACUGGAGAAGCCAACCUCACCCAGAUCUACCUGCAGGAAGCACUGGAUUUCAUUAAGAGGCAGCAGGCAGCUCACCGCCCCUUCUUUCUAUACUGGGCCAUCGACGCUACACACGCGCCUGUUUACGCCUCCAGGCCUUUCCUGGGCACCAGCCAGCGAGGGCGUUAUGGGGACGCCGUCCGGGAGAUUGACGACAGCGUCGGGAGGAUCCUGCACCUCCUCCGGGACCUGAGCAUCGCAGAGAACACCUUUGUUUUCUUCACGUCGGACAACGGCGCUGCCCUCAUUUCUGCGCCCAGACAAGGUGGCAGCAACGGGCCCUUUCUGUGUGGGAAGCAGACCACGUUUGAAGGUGGGAUGAGGGAGCCUGCGAUCGCCUGGUGGCCCGGGCACAUCCCUGCCGGCCAGGUGAGCCACCAGCUGGGCAACAUCAUGGACCUCUUCACCACCAGCCUGUCCCUCGCAGGCCUGGCGCCACCCAGGGACAGGGCCAUCGACGGCCUGGACCUCCUCCCCACCGUGCUCCAGGGCCGCCUGACAGACAGGCCGAUAUUCUAUUACCGUGGCAACACGCUGAUGGCGGUCACCCUCGGCCAGUACAAGGCCCACUUGUGGACCUGGACCAAUUCCUGGGAGGAGUUCAGACAGGGCGUGGAUUUCUGCCCCGGGCAGAACGUGUCAGGGGUCACCACCCACUCGCAGGAGGAGCACACUAAGCUCCCGCUGGUCUUCCACCUGGGACGAGACCCCGGGGAGAGGUACCCCCUCAGCAUUGCCAGCACCGAGUACCUGGACGCACUUCGCUGGAUCACCCCGGUCGUCCGGCAGCACCAGGAGGCCUUGGUCCCCGGCCAGCCCCAGCUUAAUGUGUGCAACCGGGCGGUCAUGGAGUGGCAAGGGGGUUGCUUGGCACCUCUGCAGGUGCAGGACGAGCCAAACCCACGUGGGAUGUGGGUGUUGAAAGGCUGGGCAGAUGGCCUGGGGUGCAGCAAGCCCACUGGCCACCUCCGAGCACAGCCUCCUCCAACUCCAUGGGGGCUCACCCACAAGUCCGUCCCAUAACUGGGGUGUCUGUGUGGCUCCCCGCUCCACAAAGAUGGGCGAUCUUCCGUCCCCGCGGCAGAAGCUCCGGCAGCACCCCAAAACCCGCAGAGCAAAGCCAGUAGCUUAGCCUGGCUUCCAGCCGUGAGUGUCCCCGCCCCACACACCCCAUUCCCCAGACCCGCCUGGCGGUUGUGAGCACGGCUAAGCACCUUGAGGCUGCGGGCGCGGCCGGGCCAGCGGAGCCGCUGCCUCGAGCCAGGAAGUGACUGUGAGCACUGCGGGGUGCGUGUGAUGGGUGCGUGUGACGACAGACGAGGCUCGGAUGUUGGAAGCAUUCCCUAGGGGUGAGGAGUGUCAGAGGGCGGGUGGCCUUGGGGGCGGCUGAGGGUCGUUGGCCAGGGCCAGCGGGGCAGCCUGGUCGCGGUCGUCCACAUCUGGGGCUCACAGGGGAAGACGUUUGGGGCGGGGGCCAGCAGGGCCUCCCCCUUCCCAUGGAAGGACGCCAGGCUGGCAUUCCAGCCUCUGGACUCAGCAGUGGAGCAGGAGGGCCCCCCUGGCUCAGGACCACUGCGGUCCCUCGGGUCCCAGGAGCCUGAGAGACCCCCGCCUGGGGAGGAGCCCCUGGUGCCCCCUGCAAACCCGUCUUGUCCUCUGUGACAUGGUGCUGUCCGCACCCCAACACGCCAUCUCCUGUCACACCUGCCCUGUGGGCCGAGUCUCCAGGUAGCAGCCGUUGCCUGGUGGCUCAGAGACCAAAGGGGUCUUAGUGACAGUAGGGGAGAUGGGGAGGGACUGACUUGACCGGGGUGCUGCCGCCACCUCCUGGUCGCGGCAGGAAUUGCCACGGCCCGGCCGACCCUGGAACAGGAGAAAGCAGGGACCCCCCGCCCCAAGUGAGCUGAGGACCCCGGAACAGCGUGGGUUGGCCUAAGACUCUGAAGCGAGCACUGCCACCAGAGAGGUGCACGGACUUAACAGUGUGUGGAUGCGUGUGGGCAUUUGUGUGUGUGUGCACACGCAAGCAUGCAAAGCCCUCCCCGGUCCCCGCACUCGGACCGGACCCCGCUCGUCCAGGCCCCGCUCGUCCAGGCCCCGCUCGUCCAGGCCAGCGGGUGAGGGCUCUGGGUAGCGACCUCUGCUCUUGGGACAAGAGCAGCCCAGGCAGCCCACCUCCCUAGAGCUUCAUCAGACACCCUCCCUGACCCCCCAGGCUCACAGGUUGGGUGCAGAAUCUGCUUUCUGCGUGCACCUGGCCCCUUUCUCUGCUCUGCCUCAGAGGUUGGGAACUGCUUCUUAUCUAAACCUGGCCCUGCCAGGCGGCCCGUGCAAUCAGAGGGCCACCUGAUGCUAUUCCGGGCGGGGGAGGGCUUUACCUGCGGUUCUCGCUGGCGCUGAUAUUCUGAUUCGGACUCAGGCCCCGGCAGGGGCGGGAGUAGGGGGAGUGCCCCCCCAGGGUGAUUAGGGGGAUGGUACACCUCCUGGGUGAGGGGACACGACAGAGCCACAAAGGCUCCCUCUCAGGGGCAUGAGUGUCCUGUUGUUGUUUUUUUCCUUGUCUUUUUUUUUAAAGGAACAUUUAUUUAUUUAUUUAUUUAUUUAUUUAUUUAUUUAUUUAUUUAU